CUUACACCGUUUACGUACUAUUUCCAGUCUCAGGCUGGAUCACUUGGGCCUCUUAUCUUUAAAAACUAUGCAAAACCUUUUGCUCAUCCGCUCAGAUUGGAAAAUAAUGGCCGUACAGCUUCCAUUAGAAUACCAGAAACUAGUCGCGGACCCUACCCAACCGUUACUGGUGGUCUAUUGCGAGAUGUCUACGAGGCGCAAUCGGUGCAUUUUCAUUGGGGCUCGCCGACUGGUGAUAAGGGCUCUGAGCAUGCUAUAAAUGGCCGUCGUUAUGAUGUCGAAUUGCAUAUUGUGCAUAAAAAUAUGAAAUACGGUAACACAGAAGAGGCAAGACGGUAUCCAGAUGGUGUGGCUGUAUUGGCCAUUAUGCUGGAGAUUGUGGAUAAUCCAAAACAAUACUAUCCCGGAUUGAAUAAGGUUUUCAAUAAAUUACCAAGAAUUGUGGAAGCUGGAACGAAUGCAACUAUAAAUCAACAAUUAACUCUAAGCCAUUUUUUGGGUGACGUUGAUACCAAGAAUUUUUAUGCCUACAAAGGUUCACUUACCACACCACCCUGCGCGGAGGCAGUUACUUGGCACGUCUUCCCAAAACCACUUUUAAUAUCGCGAGAUAUGAUCAGCAAAUUCUUCCAACUUAGACAGAAUAAUGGCACACCGAUUAUAAAUAACUUCCGGCCUCUACAACCAUUGAAUGGUCGUGCUGUAUACAGACGUAAAGGCGGUCGUUAGGUACAACUACAACUUUCCAAUCACAAUGGCGUUCCAGUUGGGAAGUGUUGGGUUUGGGCUAUCGGAACGACUCGGGCUUAUUUAUAUCCAGCCAAGGACUGACUAACACAGCAGCAUUCCGCAAGCAUUUGCUGCGAGUGUUUUAUGCUGUUACAAAAACAACCACAAUGGAUUUAAUUGGUCAAAACCUCCACCACCUAUAAUUUAGUGUAAUUUAUUUAAUGGUAAAUCGAUAGUAUAUAAUGCCAUGUGUUCAUACAAGAAUAUUAAGCCUAUAAAAGAUAUCGAAAAUAAACGCAUAUUCCUCUUAGACUUAA